UGGUUGAUAAAUGCUAUGAUGAUUGGCUCGUGUAAGGAAACCAAUUAGAUUACAGAAUUCAAAGCUUCCGUUGAAACGGUCUGAUAUUGUCGUGGUACGCAUUUGUGGAAUGUAACGUGUUUUGUAAAUAACAAGGAGCAAUUUAAGUAUAUUUCAGAGUGUACAAUGGAAGAUACCUCAAGCAAUGUUUCAUACCUUAAUCCAAGAGACCCCAGUAUAUAUCUAGGAAAAAGAUUAUUUGAAGUUAAACGGACAAAUUUACUGUCUCUUUUUGGAGAUGAAGUAGAAGAACAUACUGUUUCAAAAAAUGCAAAGGUGAAAGUGUAUCUCAGAAUAAAGCCAACAAAGAAUGAUACUGCACCGAUUUUGGCUCCACCUCAGGAUCGAUCAUUUGAAGUUAAGGGUUCCCAUACUUUGUUAGUAAGAUCUCUGAAAGAUCCCAUGGUUCAUGAAUUCAAAUUUACCAAAAUAUUCAUGGGUAAUACAAGUCAGGAAAAAGUAUACACUGAGUGUGUUCAUGAUUUGGUAAAGGACUUUGUCAAUGGACAAAAUUGCCUCCUUUUUGCAUAUGGAACAAGCAGUGCUGGAAAAACUUACACUGUUCAGGGAACUUCUCAAGAACCUGGUAUUAUUCCACGGGCAAUUAAUGUCCUGUUUAACAGCAUUCGUGGAAAGGAAAGUCACAGCUGUAGGUUCAAACCAGAUAUGGUUAGCAGAGUUGUGGAACUUGAUGACAAGUCAGUGAGCCAAGAAAUUUCAUACAAACAACAGAUAAUGGCUUGGUCACAAGAUAAGUACAAUGUAUUCAAUUCCCAGAUCUCUGAAACAAGCGUAGACAGGCGAUCAGACUUCACAUCCACCGCUAUUGACAGGCAAUGUCCUGACUUUGUCUCAAACAUAUUCCGUGAUAUGCAAACACAACUAAGCGAGUCUUCACUUGUAGCUAUAGAAUCUGAAGAAGUUGUUUUCUCAAUUUGGGUUUCUUUUGCUGAAGUGUAUAAUGAAAAUGUAUAUGACUUGUUAGAACCAAUGGAACUGAAGAAACAAAAGAGACAAAACUUAGUAUUAGGUGAAGAUAAAAAAGGCCAAGUUUAUAUUAAAGGGUUGCGACAUAUCUGUGUUAAUUCUGGUGAUGAAGCUUACCAGGUUAUGUUGUAUGGACAACAUAAUUUGAAAUUUGCUCCAACAGGCUUGAACAGUGUGUCAAGUAGGUCUCACUGCAUUUUCACUCUGAAACUUCUACAGCAUGUCAGAAGUGAACACCCAAAAUUUGUUCGAGUGAGCAUGUUUUCAUUUUGUGAUCUUGCUGGUUCUGAGCGUGCCAAACACACCCAGAAUGUUGGUGAACGAUUGAGGGAAUCUCAGAAUAUAAACACUUCUCUACUUGUUCUUGGAAGAUGUCUGAUGACAAUUAGGAAAAAUCAGAUGUACAAAGUCAAGAAGUUGAUUCCAUUUAGAGAUUCGAAGCUCACAAGACUCUUUCAAAGGGCGUUGAAUGGGAAGGAGUCUCUGGCAAUGAUUGUGAAUGUGAACCCUACUCCAGUUUUACAUGACGAAACUUUCAGUGUUUUAAUGUUUUCAGCUAUAGCAAAACAGAUAUCUAUUCUGCCAGUCAGACAUAAGAAACGCCUUCCCAGAUCAUCACGUUUCUCACAGUAUGUCUCUAAGAACUCAACUCUUUCAUCAAACUUCACCUGUGAAGGAGAUACGACUGCUUCAUCGCUAACAAGCAAUAGAGAUUAUCAACAAUUGCACAGUCAAAUUGAGACCCUUAUAAAUAAAGUUGGUGAACUCAAAAAACAAUUGGCAUUGGAGCGUUCUGAGAAACUGGCCUUAGAAACUGAAGUGAGACGAGAGCUGUGUGAUUACUUCUCCAAUAUGAUGGUUGAAGCACAAGCAGAGUGGGAGUCUCAACUGGAAAACACACAACAACGGUAUGAGCAAAUGGGUGACUGGAGAUUGCGCAAAUUGGAGGAAUACUAUGAACAGCAGCAAACAAGAAAAAGACAUUGUGCUGAUUCCUCCGAAGAUGUGGACUGUAUAUUGCAGGAUGCUGACACAGAAGUGACAUGCUUGACAGAGAAACAUCAUGUAGCAAAUGAAUUGCUUAAGGCAUCUCACAAGGAAUGCCAUGAACUCUCAGAAAAAAACUCCAAGUUGAUGUUUGAAUUAUCACAUUGCAAGUCAUCUCUGAAGUAUGCAGAGAGACUUAAGGAGGCUGCCCAAGCUGCUUGUAAGGAUGGGGAUGGAAGUGUUCUAAUCAGUGAGUUUGAAAGUCAGUUGUCAAAAAUGAAGGAAGAGCUCUUCGAAAAACAGGGCAGAAUUAAGGAAUUGGAAGAUAUUCUGGAGGAUGCAAAGGCAGACUGUAAGCAGCUUGAAGAUGACUUGGAAGCAACAGAAAAGGAAAGAGAUGCCCUUGAUCUAAAGCUUGCAGAGAAGGAAAGUGAACUUGGACGCAGUUUGGAUGCUUUGAGUGAUAAACAGCACAUAUUGGACAAGCAGUUGCAUAGCCUAGACGAGAAGGACGAGUGCAUUGAAAUUCUGGAAAAGCAACUAAAAGAGCUGCAAGAGAAGUAUGAUGGUGACAUGAAAACCAUGACAUUGAAAAAUGAAGAACAAGACAAAGAACUGAAAACAUUAUUAAAGGACAAUAAAUCAUUAAAAUUAUUUAUGGCAGAUGUACUGAAAAAACAAGAGGAAAACAACAAUAAGAAUGAACAUAAUCUUCAAGAAUUGGAAAAUAAAUUAAAGGAAUCUGAAGAUAAAGUUCUGCAGACACAGGAACUGGUACAAAUCCACCAGAAAAAAAUUCAAGAUCUACAUUUCAUAAAAGACAGUUUGGAGAACAAGCUCGAUGCUCUUGAAAAGGCUGAAGAGAAUUCAAUAAAAGAAACUAUAAGUGCUCAGAAUUCUGCAGAGGAAUAUCGUAAAAAAUUAGAAGAAAGUACUUCAUUAUCGCAGAAGGAAAUCACAAAAUUAAAAGUACAACUGCAGACAUGCAUGGACAAUGCAGAAUUUGUAAGAUCACUGAAGGAGGAAUUGGAGAGCAAGUCAUUAAAAUAUAAACAACUUGAAAAUGAAAACGAAUCUCUUAAGCGGUCCCUUGACAUUAAGGAAACUGAACUGGACCAUUUCAAGGAAAACAGAGAUCAUUUACUAAAGACAUAUGAAAACAUGUUAAAGAAGGAAAAGGAAGAAACAGAGAGAUGCAAGCACGAUGUUCAAUGCUACCAGCAGAUGUUCCUUAAGAAUACACCCACUCCCAAUAAAAGUCAAUAUGAGGAGAAAAUACGGAAGCUAAAAGAUUAUUUGACUGAGAGGGAUCUGGAGUUGAAAACUUGUUAUGUUAAGUUGCAUAAACUAGAAGAAAUAUCCAAUAAGAGUGAAUACCAAGAUGUGACACAAAACAGUGAGAUGCAAGCUGCAGUUCCUUGUCACUCACAAGUCAGCCGCAGACAGCGAUCUAAUCAGACCCGCAAGAAGGCUGUUGAUGAAAAUUCUCAUCCUAAUCUUGCCAGCCUGGAAAAGAAACCUACUUCAAGAAUACAGUCUGAUAGUGUAGGCAAGAAACAAGGUUGCAGCAAUAGUUCUAAGUCCAGGAGUCGGCGCAAGAAUCUGUUCUCGUGUAAUCUGGAUGAAACAUCAGAGUUUACACCAGUUGAAACAGAAGAAAUUCCACGUUCUUUGUCACCAAGAAGAUUACUGAGAAGUCGUCGCGUUUGAUCCAGCUGGGAGAAGAGUUGCUGUUGAAUUAUUUUUAUUUAUCCCUUGACAGUAUUUUUUAUAUAUUCCAAUUUUAUUGUAUUCACAGUUGUAAAAUAUUUUAUUGUUUUUUAAAAUAAAAUUGAAUGUCUCACUA